AUUCUGGAAAACGACGUUCACACGGAGCUUAUACCGCUCAGAUUACUAAUAGAUUUUUUCAACACUGCAUACAAGUGCCAAUUGAAACUGGCCCUGCAAGCAACACUGUUUGCAAGAAUUCUGGAACGCAAUUACAACGAAAUGAGUUAUACAUGUGUGCGUCGUCUGAAAUCACUGUGCUUGCGGAUCUUCUUGUGGAACUACGUAACAACAAAUCGCUACUUCGAGAGAGUGAGAAGAGAACGGAAGCAAAACUGCUUCAUACCGAAAAAGGAAAGUUGGACAGUACCGAACAGAAACGACCUACAACAGGAAAAGUUAAUCAGAUUGUGUACUUAUGAUGCAUUACGAUUAUCACAUCUCACCACUACUGUAUCGACCGAAAUACUCCGGAUUUCUUGCAGUCAAUAUUGCGAAGCAAAGUUUUGUUCUGCGAUGCUCAUGGAUCUUCUGAAAAAUGUCAGAAAGGCCGAGGAGGAGCCAGACAUGGAGAAGAAGCUUCGCGAAAUUGUUCACGCAAAUUCAUCACCCUACGAUUGUACAUGGAGACUGCUUAAUGCUUGA